AUGUGUGAAAACGCACCUCAAAGCAAUCAGGGUGAAGGGGGGGUGUUUGUUGCCUCUCUCAUAAAAACAGGAGGUUUUACAUGGUGCAGUGGAACCUUGGUAAAUAAACAGUAUGUGGUUACUGCUGCGCACUGCACAUAUAAUAAGAAAAUAGAACAACUCCGUAUUGGGCUGAGUGAAUAUAAUCUAACCGAUAUAACGUAUGGGCAGCUAGUUGUUGGAGUGUGUACGGAUACUAUAGAGCACCCAGAUUGGACUGGAGAGGUCAGAGAUGGAAAUGAUAUUGCUCUUGUUAAACUAUGCAAACCUAUCAUUUAUACAGAGACACUGUCUCCAGUAUGCCUGCCUUCCAUUCAGAGUCAAGGAACUGAGCUUGAAAACUUGCCUGCCAUGGUAUCUGGGUGGGGGAGAACAUCAGAAGGUGGAUCUUUAUCAACUCUUCUUAUGGAAGUCGAGGUACAAGAGGGAGGGGGAGGGGUCAGAGCACCAUGA